GUGCGCGCGGCGGUGCUGACGAAUUUGGAGAUCCUCGGGAUCGGGCUGGAGCAGUAUGCGCGCGACAAGACGCUGAGCCCGUUCGUCACGGGAGAGUUCCAGGGCCACCCGGGGAUAGAAAGCGUCGAGAGCGUCGAGAGAGUUAUGGAGAACCUCAUGCUCCGCGCACCGGAUCUGGUACCGACCAGCCUGCAGAUGCGUGUGCAGCAUUAUCCCUAUAUAGACGUUAUACCGUCCCCCGCGCUGAGGAAUAGGAUCCUCGCUGCGCUCGGAAACAGCACGUUCGUUCUCGACCAGGAGGAGCUGUGUCUCGACAUCGAGUGGGGCCUGCGGGUGUGGGGCCGCUCCGCGUGGGAUGAGAGGAGCUGGGAGUGGAGCGUGGAGUUUGUGGAGAAGUGGCUGUGGCUGUUUGAGGAGGAGACGCUGGCCAGCACGAACUUUUGGAGGAAGCAGAGGGGCGAGGAGAUUAUUGGGUUGACGGGAGAGGAGGCGGAUUUGUAGGAGGAUAUGCAGGAGGAUAAUAGUGCGGGGCUUGUACGGUGCGUGGUGGAAUUUGCAGUGGCCGCUCAUUUGUUUUUUUGCGUGAUAUUUCUCUUUGGUGCGCAUAGAAAUAAUAAUUCAG